CCAAGUUCAGCUUCCUGAGGCGCGGUGAGCGUGGUCUGUGGUCCGCUGCACUUCAGGCUUUGGCCGCUGAGAUCUCGGGUUCCGUUGUAUUGACUUGGUUGUGGCGGUCGCGAUGUUUUUCUCCCAGGCUGGGGCCCGGACGCGGACAUGGGAAGCCAGCCCCUCAGAACACAAGAAGUGGGUGGAAGUGUUCAGAGCAUGUGAUGAAGAUAACAAAGGCUAUCUAAGCAGAGAGGAUUUUAAAGUCGCUGUUGUAAUGCUGUUUGGGUACAAGCCCUCCAAGAUAGAAGCCGAUUCUGUGAUGUCUUCAGUAAAUCCCAACACUUCCGAGGAAGACAAUUUUUCCCCCCAACUUUUAGGUAUAUUACUUGAGGAGUUUUUAAAUGUUAUAAGGAAAAAGAGGGAAGCUCAACUAUAUCGGAACGAAACAAGACACAUCUUCACAGCUUUUGACAGGCACUAUCGUGGAUAUUUAACUUUGGAAGAUUUCCAAAAAGCAUUUAAGCAGGUGGCUCCCAAGUUACCAGAAAGGAUUAUUCUCGAAGUUUUCAGGGAAGUAGAUCAAGACUCAGAUGGUCAUGUCAGCUUCAAAGACUUCGAAUAUGCCAUGAACUACGGACAAAAUGAAGCUUAACCAUGUGAACUGCUUUUGGCAACUUCUGGGGAGACCCAUAGAUUGUAAUGUGUUUAAAUGUCAAACUUCACUCUACUAAUGAUGUAAUGCUGCCUACCCGGGAUUAAACUCUUCGUCAUGGUUUUCAGAUGCUGAUAACUGCUAGCAUCUCAGAAUCCUAGAGGUAGUUUCCCUCCAUGUGGCUCGCAACCCUAGAAUCAUUCUAACACAAGUGAUUAGCAGAGAAGCUUAAUAAAAAUAAGGUCUUAAACCAUCAAAAAGCAAAGGAGCCUAAAGAGGCAUAAUAGCUAAAUGUAAUUUGGUAUUCUGGAUGGUACCCUGGAACAGAAAAAGGGUAUUAGGUAAACACUGAUAAAGUAUGGACUUUAGUUAAUAAUACUGCAUUGGUGGUGGUUCAUUAAUUGUGACAAAUAUGCCAUGCUGAUACCGUG